ACUCGUAAAGCUAAAUCUUGAACAUUUGUUCUUAUCAAGAAGCCCUGUUUUACAAAACGUUUUUCUUGGCACGGUCGUUGAGUAUUUGGUUACAAGUGAUAAUUACUCGCAUCUAUUUUAAUCAAGUAUUGUGUUGGGCUCGGCGCGAGACGCUCGCGAGCUAUAACGUUUAUCUUUAGCUAGAGUAAGAAUAAAUGAACACAAAAGUAGUUACAUCGGUUUGUCAUGUCUGCCAAAAACCAGCAGCACAAACAUGCAGUGGAUGCAAGAUGGUAUAUUAUUGUUCGAAGGAGCACCAAAAAUUUGACUGGAAGAAGAGUCACAAGGUUGAAUGUAAACCAUAUAAAAUCCAGUAUUCAGAUUCCUGUGGGAGAUUUAUGACUGCAACAAGAGAUAUAAAGCAAGGGGAAGUGAUCUUAAAAGAAAAACCAGCGGUCAUCGGACCUAGAAUGUAUUGCAAAGUACAGUGUUUAUCUUGUGGAAGACAAUUAGAACCAAUACCUAACGAUGAUGGAAACAUGGAUUUUAUAAGAUGUUCUUCUUGUAACUGGCCAGUAUGUGGCAUUGAUUGUGAAAAAGCUGAAGUACAUAGAGAAGAAUGUAAAAUAAUGGUUCAGAGUAAUUACAAAUGUGACAUAAAAUAUGAAUGUCCUGAUAAAUCAGAAGCAGCUUAUUGCGUCAUUGCACCAUUAAGGGUGCUAUUGAUGAAGGAUUCAAAUCCUCGUAUGUUUGAAAGUAUAAUGAAUUUAGAGUCUCACGUUGAUCAAAGAAUAAAUACCCCUAUAUAUCAGGUAUUAAGACCCAAUUUAAUUAUGUUUAUUAGACAAGUGCUUGGAAUGAAUUUUGAUGAUAAAAUAAUUUUGGAAAUAUCCUCCAUAUUUGAUAAUAAUUCUUUUGAUGUGAGAAAUGCAGAUAAGACUAAAAGGCUACGAGCUAUAUAUCUAUUAGCUUCAAUGAUGAACCACAGCUGCAGGCCGAAUACCCGACAUAUAUACCUAGGUGAAGACAAAACUCUAGCUCUGAUAGCGACGGUUCAUAUUGCAAAAGGCGAAGAAAUUACUGCUACUUACACUCAGCCAUUGUGGGGAACGUUGGAUCGAAGAAAAUUUUUAAAAACCAAUAAAUAUUUUGAUUGUAAAUGUGAGAGAUGUGCUGACCCCACGGAAUUCGGCACAUAUUUAGGGAAUAUUUAUUGUACGAUGUGCAAUAGUACGAAUGCUGAUGAUAGUAGAAAAGGAGCCAUGUUAGUGUCUACUAACCCUCUAGACGAAACUGCGCUGUGGAAAUGUGAAAAGUGCGGAUAUUUUAUUCAAGGGAGACAAAUGGUAUGGGGAAAUAAGGCUUUAAAAGAAGAAUUAAGUUCAUUAAAUAAAACAGGGCCUCAAGAUUUUGAACACUUCAUUGAGAAAUAUAAGUUAACACUUCACCCCAGAAAUCAUUUAUUGAUUCAAGCUAAACUGGCGUUAAUGGAGAUAUAUGGAAACUACAAAGGCUAUUCUUUGAAAGAACUUCCGGAAAAUUUGCUUAAUCGGAAAAUAGAUAUUUGCAACGAGCUCUUAGAAGUCGCUGAAAAGCUGGAUCCUGGCUGGUCCAGAUUUCGUGGAUCUAUACUGUUGGAAUUAGAAGCUGCGAUGACCAUAAAGAUAAAAAAAGAAUUUGAAGCAGAAAUGUUGACCAAAACGGAAGCACAGAACCAGUUGAUAGAAAAUAUGGUUCUACUUGAAGAAGCUACGAAUAUCUUGAAAAUAGAACCUCACAUGAACGAGGCUCUCCAAACAAAACUUCAAGAACGUUUAUCAAUUUUGGAUAACACGAAGUGAAAGUACCCAACUUAACUAUCAAAAGCUAGGUGAAAUAAAAAGCUUUGGUUUAAUUUCUCUAUAUUUAAACUGGUUAAGGGGACUUUUUGUCACAAGAAUAACUUUAAAAUAAAUAAAAAAAUAAGUUUAAAAGAUA